AAAACCCUACAAUGGUUUAACAUAUUUUUCCAGAUUGUUCAUACCCAUUUCUCAAUUUCUGCCUAAAUCUUUAGAAGCUGAAAUUUGACUCAUUUAGUCCAAAUUCUUUUUCCUUUUGUAGGAAGAAAAUUGCUUAAUACUCACCGUCACAGGCAUGGCCAGCUUUAAAGUGGCUGAUGUGUUGCCCAAUCUUGAUGAGCUCCUAUUAGACACACCAACAUAUGUAUUUGCUUCUGUCUGGCAUGAAUGGAAACAGACAAAACACUAUACUUUGCAUUACAGUGAACUUGUCAGGCUGGCAGCUCUAUACAAGUAUGGUGGAAUCUAUCUUUACUCAGACAUCAUAGUGUUGAAUUCAUUGUCUUCACUUAAUAAUACUGUUUCUUUUGAGGAUGACUUACAUGGAAAAAAAUUGAAUGGUGUUGUAAUGGCUUUUUGAAAGCACAGGCACU